UAAACUCGCGCAAUUAUCACCGCGACUGUUGCCGACAUCGCCUCCUGUAGCGGUUAAGGUACUCACUGCUUCACUUAUCCAUCACCGUCACCGCCGCGUCCUCAUACUUGAGAUGUAUUUCUCAACUCACCUCCUAUGAUCCGACACGAGAGCCUCCCCUAAUCCUGACACCUAAAGACUCCUCCUAACUCCUACUGAUACUCCUUGGAGCCGGUUACGCACUCCAACAUCUGUUCUCCUCACUAGACCUGCCUUCCUCCCUGCGCUCACUGUCUGCCGCGCCGCCGCCGCGUUCUGCAACUCAGAUACCCGCCUACAGUGUUAAAUGAUGUACAGUCAAUAGCAGUGCUAUCUAAGCAGUUGAACAACUUCGCGGAAAGGAGGCUUAGUGAAGACAAUACCACGCAGGGCUUUUGGUUUGCCGCGCAGGGCCUGAUCCCAGCGACAGCCAUACACAACAUCCUUUCUCUCCCGCGCACCGAGAGCAUCCACUGUCGUCGACACCCCCUUAGCCUUAGAUCCGUUUCCUGAUUUCCUGCAAAGUGGAAUAGGCCAGGAUGUCUCAGGCAGUUCUCAUGAAGGAGUACAAGGCUCUGGCCAAGGAGAAAUGGGUUCAGAUCGACGUCGAUGAAGAGAACAUCUACCACUGGAACUUGGCCUUGAUGGUCCUUAAUCCGGACUCGCUGUACUAUGGUGGCUAUUUCAAGGCUCAGAUGAACUUUCCCCAGGACUAUCCAUACAAGCCUCCUGACUUCAAGUUCAACAAGUCGUUGUGGCAUCCCAACAUCUAUCCCGACGGUCGCUUGUGUAUUUCAAUCCUUCAUCCACCGGGCGAAGACACCAUGUCUGGCGAGAAUCCCGGCGAGCGCUGGUCCCCCGCACAACGUGUCGAAUCUGUUCUCAUCUCCAUCCUUUCUCUUUUGGACGAUGCCGAGAUCUCUUCGCCCGCCAAUGUCGACGCCAGCGUGAUGCUCAGAGACAACAAGGAAGCGUACAAGGCUCGAGUCAGACAAGAUGUGGAAGCGUCCAAGAAAGAUAUCCCGGCGGGCUUCGUCCUGCCUACGCACGAAUCCACGAAACCGGUUAUCGAGAAGAUCGACGACGACUUCUGGAAUGAUAGCGAGGGCGAUGACAUUGAUUUUGAUGACUUCGAUGAUGAUGCUGCCAACGGAAGUGAAUCGGAUCGGGAGUUGAACAAUUCAACGGAAGACGAGGAGUUCUAUGAUGAUACAGACCGGGACGAUUCCGAACAUACCAAGGGCAAGGCUCGGGAAGAUCAGGUGGAUUCUGAGAUGACGGGCCCCAAUGCCUGAGCGAUGAUGUUCGACGUGGCAGGCGUUUCAAGGCGUUACUCACCGGCCCAGGUGCAUGAGGCAUUGUGGUUUGUUCUGAAGCAGCAUUUGGGGCGGUAGCAAGCAGCGUCGUCCCACAGAUCGGUUCAGCGAGGCGUACCGGAUUGUUGUACAGUGGCGUGCAAGGAGCGGUGGGAACCAACCGUUAUGGCGUGCACAUAGCUUAUCGAGCUUUGCAAAUGAUAUCCACUCGUGAUUGUGAUACAA